CACUCUCACUCUCACUUACACCUAAAGGUUCAAACCCCAAACGUUCAAACCCUCACACCCUCACACCAUCGGGGGCAGAAAUUAAAAACGUCGUUGUGAUCGCUUUCGCGUAUCGAUGAUGGCCGGGGGAGUGGAAUCGUGGUCUCCGUCGCCGUCGCGCCUGAGGGAAUAGGAGAAGGGAAAGUGGUGGUUGUUGGAGGAGCGAUGGUAAUGGCCUUUCCGUUGGAUGACAGUGGUGCGACGUCGUCUUCGUCCUCAUCUUCUUCUUCGCCCUUUCUUCUCCCUAUCUCCGACCAAUUAGGGUUUUCAAUUUCAUUUCACAGAGUCACCACGCGGACCAUUUCCCCUUCAAUGGCGCUUUGAAAACCAAUAUUCAUGUAUUGUAUGGGAGGCCUUGCUGAAUACUGUGUUGUGCCAGCACAUGCCUUGUCUAUUUUGCCCAACUCGUUGCCAUACAUAGACUCUGCAAUUCUAGGAUUUGCAGUUUUUACUGCUUAUGGUGCUAUGGCCCACGCAGUUGAGGUGCGUCCUGGGGAUUCUGUUGCUGUGAUUGGAAUUGGAGGUGUUGGUUCAAGUUGUUUGCAGAUAGCAAGAGCUUUUGGUGCCUCUGAUAUUAUUGCUGUGGAUGUUCAGGAUGAGAAACUGCAGAAAGCCAAGCAAUUUGGAGCCACUCACACAAUAAAUGCAAUUCUAGAAGAUGCUAUUGAAAAGAUAAAAGAAAUAACAGGGGGAGUGGGUGUAGACAUUGUUGUGGAAGCCUUGGGAAAACCACAGACAUUUUUCCAAUGUACACAAAGUGUGAGAGAUGGAGGAAAAGUUGUAAUGGUUGGACUUACACAAAUUGGUGCUAUGGGCGAGGUCGAUAUAAACCGUCUUGUUCGUAGAAAGGCAGAUUGUGGAGUUAGUGGAUUUUGCACACUCUCAAGGAGUUGUCUUAAAUGACUUACGGCCAUCUUGUUUCUUUUUACUGCAAUCAAGUAGAGUUAAAUACACUGGUUCUUCUACUUGAUGUGAGAGAAUUAGAGGGUGUGAUGUGUCAAGAAUCAUUUCGGAAAAGGCCAUUGGAACAAAAUGAGCAUGCCUACCUUAGUUUGGGUGCAAAGCAGCGAAGAAUAUGUGAGGAAAUGAAUUCUAUUAAACAACAGCCUUACUUCAUGACUAAUGGUGGCUUCAGUACUAAAUCAAUGAAAGAGACUGAAAUUUCAAUCACUGGUCCAGAAGAUUCAGGACAAACUGAACUUCAGUCUCAAAACAAUUCCAGCUGCCAAAAUAAAUCACUGGCUGCACAGCAGACUAGAUUUUUAUGAUUCAUGUUGUUACUUUCAAAAAUUGAAAAUAACCCAGCUGCUAAAGUACAGUUGAAUAAAGUUUUUUUUAUUUUAAUUUUAUGUCUUGGCCUUUUCAAGUUCCAAUGAAUGACAAUUCCUUGUUCAUUUCUUUUCUCAGAACCCCAAGUUCUGGUAAUGAAAUUUUAGGACGAUUUGAAAUUCUGGGUUUUGUGAAUUUUUCAAGAAAGCAGUGUGUGAGGCGGCUCCAACUAAGAAAGUAGACUCAGCUGCAAAGAGGGCUCGUCAAGCUGAGAAAAGG